GGGGGAAUCGGAGCGGCCCGCAUCUCUCUCUCAUGUCUCCUUUCUUCUCGUCUCCCUUCUAAUAGACACAUUCAGGAAUCUCGCGCAUGCAUCGUGUUCACCGUCUGGCCACAGCAGCAGUCACUUCAUCGUGAUGGGUGAGCACUGCGCCUCCCUCCAUUCUUCUCCGGCAAUCAUGUUAUUCACAACAUAAUGGAUGCGUUGCUGAAAUUUCGAGGCGCGGGUCCCGGCAUGCAGUGCAGACCAAGGCACUCCCCCGCCAGGCCGAGCUGACAGAUCAGGGCCAGUGACGUUCACGUGUGGGCGCGGCGGCUGACUCUUCACCAGCAGUCCUUAACGAGUCCCCGGGAAGCAAUUGGUCGCUAGGAUGCUUAGUCAGGGACAAGAAUGUACAGCAAGAACUUGCAGAACUCGGACAGAAGUGAAUUACCGGAUCUGAACACCUGAGUAGGUAAAGAAGCACAGCUGCACAAGCAAAGAAGAAACACUACUACCAUGAAUGCCCAAGACUUGUAUGACAAUGUGCUGCAGGGAAGAGAGCCCCAAGAGUGACACCACCAUUGAUGAGAAACCCGAGGACAACCUCUGGCUACAACUGGGCUUUACUGUGGACUCUGAGACAGGUGAGCAUUUACUGUCUCCUAAGAAAAACAUCAGCGGAGGAGACGUGACCCUUGACUCUGUGUCUCCUCUUAACUCUCCGUCCUUCACCCUCAAUGAGACAGUACCAGACUUCAAUCUUGACUUCAACCUUGAUGAAGCCUUGAAAUUUGUUGGACUGAACUGCUCUGAGACUGGGGAAACUGUCUGGAAGCCCUCAGAGCCUGAACCCACCUCUGACAACAAGGAAAGCCCUGGUAAGGAGGAGGAGGACAGCGAGGACAGCUUAGACACCUUGAACGACACCCUGGACGAUAUGAUCCAGGCCUCCCAGCUUCAUCCUCAACACCCGUGCUCACUACAGGCACCACGGGUGAAAACAUGGAGGUGGACAACAGUGUGGAGAUCCCUCUCAACAAGGCUACCAUCCUGCAGGGACACCAGAGUGAGGUGUUCAUCUGUGCCUGGAACCCAACCACUGACCUUGCCUCAGGGUCAGGAGACAGCAUGGCCCGCAUCUGAAACAUGAAUGACAGCACCACCUCCCUGAACCAGCUUGUUCUGCAGCACUGCAUUCAGAAAGGAGGCACUGAGAGGUUCCCAGUAACAAAGAUGUCACUUCCUUAGACUGGAAUUGUGACGGCACCUUGCUCAUCACAGGAUCUUACGACGGUUACACCAGAGUUUGGAUGACAGACGGCCGACUAGCCUCCAACUUCGGCCAGCACAAGGGUCCCGUAUUUGCCCUUAAGUGGAACAAAAAGGGCAACUACUUC